CACGGGUUCAGUACUAUUCUCUUGGCUCCAUGAACAGAAUCUUUGGUACAUCAAAAAAGGUUCCAAAAGCAACGCUUACAGACGCAAUAGCAUCGACCGACGUGCGAUCGGAUGCCAUUGAAGUCAAGAUCCGAAAGCUUGAUGCUGAACUUACGAGAUAUCGCGACCAAAUGAAAAAAAUGAGGGAGGGUCCGGCAAAGAAAUCUGUUCAACAAAAAGCGCUGCGAGUUCUCAAACAACGAAAACUAUAUGAGAGUCAAAGGGACAACCUUCAACAGCAGUCGUUUAAUAUGGAACAAGCGCAAAUGACGAAUGAUAACUUGCGAAAUGUUAUGACGACUGUCGAUGCCAUGCAGUCAGCCAACAAGGAAAUGAAGAAACAGUAUAAGAAUGUCAAUCUGGACAAACUAGACCGUCUGCAAGAUGAGAUGGAAGACUUGAUGGAACAAGCUAAUGAAGUACAGGAAUCCCUUGGACGAUCAUAUAAUCUCCCAGAUGAUGUGGAUGAGGCUGACCUAGAAGCAGAACUGGAUGCUCUGGGUGAUGACCUCAAUUUUGAGGAAGAGGACGUCCCAUCCUACUUACAAGAUAAUGUCGAAGUACCCACUGGAUUGAACUCAGAGAACGCAGAUGGAAAUGUACAAGUAGAUGAAUUUGGGCUUCCAAUAGCGGCGGAAGCGCCCAUGAAAGCAUGAUGUACAUAGCUUUUUGUUUUUUUUCUUAAAAAUCAGAAACCAGUGGAGGUUGAUAUGGAUGGUUUUUUUUCCUUAUUAUUUUCUC